AUCGCCGCAAAGCCAGUCCAGCCAUUGUUUUACACUCUUUGCGAAGACUGCAACAACCCAGCGGCAACACUUCUCUGCACACAAUGGCGGCCGUAUACAAAUCCAUUUCCAAGUCGAGUGCGACCAAGCCCGAUGCGCCCAGCAAUGGCGUCAAGAAGAACAAGCAGAGGGUCUUGAUCCUCUCCUCCAGAGGUGUCACCUACCGACACCGCCAUCUCUUGAACGAUAUCGCCUCGAUGCUUCCUCACAGCCGAAAGGAUGCCAAGUUCGAUUCCAAGACGAAGCUCUACGAGCUCAACGAGUUGGCCGAACUCUACAACUGCAACAACGUCCUCUUCUUCGAGGCGCGAAAGGGAAAGGAUCUUUACGUGUGGCUCAGCAAGGUCCCUAACGGCCCUACUAUCAAGUUCCACCUCCAGAACUUGCACACCAUGGAGGAGCUACACUUCACAGGCAACUGCUUGAAGGGCUCAAGACCGAUCCUGUCGUUCGACGCUGCCUUCGAGAAGCAACCUCAUCUCCGAGUCAUUAAGGAGCUCUUCCUUCACACCUUUGGCGUUCCCGAGGGCGCCCGCAAAUCGAAGCCUUUCAUUGACCACGUCAUGGGAUUCAGUUUCGCCGACGGCAAGAUCUGGGUACGAAACUAUCAGAUCAACGAGGUGGAGCCUUCAAGGGGCGAUGACGAGGAGGACAAAUCUCACAAGUCGAGGGUGGCAGGCAAGGAUACGGAUGUUAACCUGGUCGAGAUCGGUCCCCGGUUCGUCCUUACGCCUAUUGUCAUCCAGGAGGGAUCGUUCGGUGGCCCCAUCAUCUACGAGAACAAGGAGUUCGUGUCGCCAAACCAGGUGCGAUCAGAGAUUCGAAAGGGCAAGGCCUCGCGACACAAUGCUCGCGCUGAGCAGACCGUAGGCCGGUUGUCCAGGAAGGGCGAUCUAGGACUGCGAACCAAGGGACCCCGGGUGGCUAAGAGCGAGCUGGAUACCAAGAUGCUGUUCGCUUAGACUUUGUGAUACCUGUCGAUACUCUGGCUUUCUAUGCCUCUAAAACCGGGACGGGUGUAGGAGUUCAUGGGGAUUAUGUAGUGCCGUUCAUAAAAGGAAUUUUCGCUUGUUUUAUUGCGAAUGGUUUUAUGCUACUCUCUGAUAAGUUAUCCUAGUUCACCGAAAUGCACAACUCCGCUAUCAGUUGCAUCAUCAUUUGGCCCGGUGACCGGCAAAUGUUCGGCGAUUUGGUAUCAAACGCGACUCAG